GGCAAAGCCCCCGCGACCAACCCUCCGCUAGCCAACGGGAAGGCAGCUAAUAAAGGGAAGGGAAAGGCGAAAGAUGAUUUGGCGCAAAACGAGAGAGAGGAUGCUAUGGAAGUGGAUGGUGUGCAGGUUGUCGAGCCCCAGCGGACGAAGGCGGAACCACGACCCAAACCGCGACCAGUCGCGAAACCGCCAAACAAGGCUCAGACGCGUCCCUCGCGCGAAAAUGCUACGAAUGAAGCAUUAGAGAGAGAGAAUGCGCGAUUACGCAAGCAGCUGGAAGAGGUCACUUCACAUCGAGAAAGACUUGUGAAGCAGGUGCAGGAAGCGCUGCAAAUACGACAGACGGAGCCAGAACAGAAACUUCAAGAGUGCAUAGUUCAGUACGAUGCGACAAUACGAGCCCAAGAGCAGCUUAUAGAAGAGCAGACGGCUAAGCUGGCUAGAUACGGUGCUGUCUCGCAGUCAAAUCCCGCCGUCCAGUUCCUAAGUAGAGAGGCUGUCAAUGAGGAGAAGAAGAAUCUGGAUGCGAAAACGAAGCAGCUAGAGAACGUCAUCAAGGAGAAGGAUGCGAAGAUUAAUCAGCUCGAGAGAAAAUACCAAGAACUGGAACAGCAGCUCGACUUCGAGAGCAGGAUGCACAAAGAAUAUCAGGCGAAGAACCCGCCAGCGUCGAAGUUAAACGGAGGUCCGCGUGCCGGGCAUACAUCAUCCCCCCCAGACCCGUUACAGGGCGAGGUCACCAAGCUUUACGAAGAUUGUACAAACCUACUCAUCACGAAAGUCACCAGUCUGCCGUCGCCGUAUCCCUCGUGGCCAGACCUCAAGGAGUACACUUUCAACUGUACCUAUACGUACAUUGACGCAACCAAGACGGAAGAAAGCAGUAGCGGCGGGAAUCCCACAUUGCAGUUCAACAUACGCGCAAUGUGGUUUCCCAAGACAGCGUUAGACCCGGACAACCGGCCACAACCGGCGUCACGCGACGAGCUCGAAGCCAAAUGCCAAUAUUGGCCGCUGAACCUCGAGCUGGAGAGCGCCCAGUUCCGGGAGCGACUCGACUUUUUCCGCGAGAGCUUCGUCUUCUCGCGCGACCAGAUGAGUGUGUUCAUCAGGACCCUCGGCGCGCGCCUUGCCGCUACCCAAUCCAACGAGGACGAGGAGGAGAUCGACCAGAUCAUCGAUGAGUAG